AUGUAUCCUUUGUGCAUAACAACAAUUGACAAAGAAGUUGUAGCCGGAGGUAGUUUAAUUCAAGGCGACAUUGUCCAAAUGGACGAAGCAGUUCAAAGGUAUAAUUUCGAUACAGAUGAUACCCUUGCCCUUGAUGUUAUUAAUUCAAGCGAACCAAUUGGGGUGUUUGAACUGGACAAGGAUUUGACAAUUUCAAAAACAAAUCAAAGGGAGGGAUUCGAUCAAUGUAGACCCAUUGUGGUUGUGGAUGGAAGCCACUUAAAAUCGUAUUACACUGGGACUUUCGUCUCGGCUAGCACUUUGGAUGGUGCAGGUCAUAUACUUCCACUAGCAUAUGGUAUUAUUGAUUCAGAGAACGAUGCUGCUUGGACGUGGUUCUUUGAGCAAUUUAAGGAAGCAUAUGGGGAGAGGGAAAGCAUGUGCAUCGUUUCAGAUAGGAACGAAAGUAUCAUCAAGUCUGUAUCAAGAGUGUAUCUAACUGUACCACAUUUUGCUUGUAUAUGGCAUCUUUGGAACAACGUAUAUAAGAAAUUCAAAAAGAGUCAUUCAAAGUUGAGCGAGAUAUACUUUUCGAUGGCAAAAGCAUACACACAGGCUGAGUUUGACAGUCUAAUGGAGAAGGUGGAGAAGGUAGAUAUUAGGGUGAAGGAAUACUUGGAGUUAGCUGGAUACGAAAAGUGGGCUAGAUUGUAUGCACCUGUCAACAGGGGAUGGACAAUGAUGUCAAAUAUUGUUGAGUCAAUCAAUGCCGCACUUGUGUCAGUAAGAGAAUUGCCAAUAUACGACCUCCUCGAAGAAGUUAGGAAAAUGUUUGGACGUUGGAAUUGUAGCAAUCGGAAAGAAGUUCUACAGACAUACACAACGUUUGGGAAAAAAUACCAGGAGAUGCUUACCUUAAAUGAGGCAAUGUCUACACGAAUGACUCCAUGGUACAAGGUGGUUCCAUCGACUGAAUAUUUGCAUACGGUGAACGAUGAAGGAAGGCAUUACACCGUAUGCCUCUUAGAGAAAAAAUGCAGUUGUGGGCGGUUCCAAGUCGAUGAAUUAGCGUGCCCACACACUUGGGCUGUCCUGAAGAGCAAUGCAGUGUAUCCUUUGUCGGACCGGAAAGAAUGGAAUAUACCAGCACAUAUAGCAGAUGAAGUUGUAUUACCACCCAAAUGGAAAAGACCUCCUGGAAGACCAAAGAAGAAGCGUGAUAAGCCGUUCAUUGAAUUGCUGCAGAAGAAAAAUCAACAUUCGUGUAGCAUAUGUGGGCAGGAAGGACAUAAUAAGCGUACUUGUAGAAAUACUCCAUGUAGAAAUUAG